AUGCAGACUAGCACUCCUCUCUAUCCUCCUCCUCCUUCUCCCUUUGUGUACCCUCCUCCUUCAGUGUUUCACGUUCACUAUCAGCUACCAACGCAACCUGAGCAGCCGGUGACAACGGAUCGGAAUAAAAACUUAUCGUCUUCUCCGCCGCCCCGGCGCUACCGCGCCAACUACACGCCCUCACAGCUACGCGCUCUUGAAGACGUGUUUGCAGAGAAACACUACGUGAACAAGGAAGAGAGAUACAGGCUGUCGCUGGAGGUGGGUGUCACUGACAAACAAGUGAAAAUGUGGUUUCAAAACAGACGGACAAAGAUGAAGAAAGAGAGGUCACUCAUGCAUUAA